AACCUAAUAUGAAUAUAUAUUACGCACAUUGUGCAGUGUUGAUUAAAAUAGCUGAAUUUAAUUUGAAAAUGUCUCGAAGCUACUGCAGGUACGAUGAAGACUGGCAAAGAAGAAAAUCGAUAUUAAUUCGGAGUCUCUUCCAUGAUCUUCCAAUUCUAUCUCCAGUCACAGAAGAACCUGAUGACUCGUUCCCUCCAGUGAGGUCUUACGAGCCUCUGGAGGAACCACAAAGACCUUACAGUCCUCUCCCUCCUCUAAUAAUAGAAAGAGUACCAAAAAUAAAUAAACACGACGAACCAGAAGAAUACUACAAGAAACUUUUAGUAAAAAUCAAAAGAAUAUAUCGUAGAUUGUUCAUUUUGAAUAGAAAUUUAAGUAGUGAUGAAGAAUUCUUUAAUGAUAGUUAUAUGACUGAUGAUGAUGAUGAUUUAAACAUCUCUCUUGCUAACAAAAAUGAAAAUAAUCAUGAUUUAAAUAGCCCAGACAACCCUAUUGCAGCCAAUACUAAUGAUCAUGGUUUAGACAGCCAUAUCAUUGAUGAUAUCAAUGACCCAGUUGAUCAACCUGAAGAAUUCAAUGUUUUAGAUGACAAUAAGGAUGAUAGUCAAAAUCAAGUUAAUGAUAAUACUAAUUCGAAUGAAGACAAUGUAAGGAAAAGUUCUGAUUCUAACGUGUCUAAUGGAUAUAGAGCUGAUUCCGAAUCUAUAGACACUGUUAUUGUUGAUAUUUUGAAUUAUACUAAAUCUACCGAUGGAGAGGCUUCUACAAAUACGAAAGAAGAUUCAAAAGCUUCCAAAGAUUUGGAAGAAGAAUCAGAAUCAAUAGGUUCAGAGGGAGAAGAUGAGAGUAACACUGAUAAUAAUGAAGAAAGACUAAGUGCUAAUGAGAAGGCAAGUGAUAAUGAAUCAUCUAGCACAACCAAAGAAGAUUAUAGUGAGGAAUUAAUUGUAGAGGAAGAAGUAAAUGUAUCAUCAACUUCUAAUCAAGAAACGAAUGAAAACUUUAUUACUGCAAGAAGAAAUAAAAGUAUCAUUGGUAAUAUACAAGAAGUAAAUGAACAGGAGAUGAUUGGAGAAGAAUCAGACGAUAAGUCAAUUACCAAUCAAGGAGUAAAGACUAAAUCUAGCAGUAAUACUGAAGAAAAUAUACUAGAAAGUCAUCAACAAGAAGAAUUAAUAGAAAUCAGAAUUGAAGAAGAAAUAAGAGACAAAAGUUCUAAAUCUAUUCCUAUUACAGAAGAGAGUAACGUAUCUCAUCAAGAAGGAAGUAAUACUCUAAGAAAAGAAAAACAAAAUAGAUUUGAAGACUUAAACAAAUCAAGAAUGAAUAUAAAAAUAGCGAACGAAGAAGAAACUGACAAUUCUUCUACAAGUGACGAAGAGUGGGAUGGAGAAGAAAGCCUCGAAGUAGAGAUCAGUGUAGAACUAAGUGCUUCUGCUCUAGAAGAGAUAGAGAACGCACAAGAAUUAGAAGGAGAAGGAAGAAGAAUAGCGGUGGUGUCACCUGAAAUAAUGGAUGACGAUGCAGUUGAAGUCGUGUCAGAUAUAGGUUCACACUACAGGCAAAUCACAACAGUAGCAAUGGUCCACGCCGCUGUUUCUCCAGAUCUACACGACAUAGAGAGUCAGGUCUAUGAAGGUUCUCCAAAGAGUAUCAUACUGCCCGUGCGACGGAUGAAGAGGACUGCAGCUCAAGCUGUGCUGGAUAGAAGAGAAGAAUCAGUGGGAAAUGGAGGAAAUAAAGAACCUAGGGCUGCAGCCACAACAAACAGCAACGGCGAGUCUUCUGAAAACAUUGAAGAGAUGAGAAGCCAUACUCGAAAAUUGUCGCAAGCGACAAACCCAGAAAUAUCUCAAGAAAGCGUUUCAGAAAAAAACAAUGAAUUUAUUAGAAGUUCACAUGACGUAACAGACGUGACGACAUCAUCACAAGAUGGCGGCAAUUUCAACAUUUCUAAACGGAAGACAUCGGAUGAUUUAGGGCCAAAGAUUCCAGACCCUCCAUCCCCGCCUCUCUGUUUAAAGCUUUUUGUGGUCAAUCCUUGUCGUAGAUGUCGAAUUCGUCCCGUCACCAUCUCAAUGCCUUACGGUGGGAAGAUCAUGGCUGAAAUCUAA